UUUUUCGCCGCGCAAAGAAGCGUUUGCUGUUUUUGUUGUAGUUGGCCUUUUAACGCAAAAAUUGUCACAACGCGGUUGAUAAACAAAAAGGAAAAUUUUAAUAAAUUUAACUAAUUUCUAUUUGUGAAAAAGUGAGGCAGCUCCGACGCCUACAUAUAAUAUAAAAUGCAGGCGCAUAGCAAAAAGCGUGUCUGCUAUUAUUAUGAUAGUGAUAUUGGUAAUUACUACUAUGGGCAGGGCCAUCCAAUGAAGCCUCAUCGCAUACGUAUGACCCAUAAUUUGCUUUUAAAUUACGGUCUAUACCGCAAAAUGGAAAUUUAUCGACCACACAAAGCCACUGCCGACGAAAUGACAAAGUUCCAUUCGGAUGAGUACGUACGGUUUUUGCGCUCCAUACGUCCGGACAAUAUGUCAGAAUAUAACAAGCAAAUGCAGCGAUUCAAUGUCGGCGAGGAUUGCCCAGUUUUUGAUGGUCUCUAUGAGUUUUGUCAGUUAUCCGCUGGGGGUUCCGUAGCCGCUGCCGUCAAACUAAAUAAACAAGCUUCCGAGAUUUGCAUAAAUUGGGGUGGUGGAUUGCAUCAUGCUAAGAAAUCUGAAGCUUCGGGGUUCUGUUAUGUCAAUGAUAUUGUACUUGGCAUUUUGGAACUCUUGAAAUAUCACCAGCGCGUGUUAUAUAUCGAUAUAGACGUUCAUCACGGUGACGGUGUUGAGGAGGCGUUUUACACUACCGAUCGCGUCAUGACCGUAAGCUUCCAUAAAUACGGCGAGUAUUUUCCCGGCACAGGUGACUUGCGUGAUAUCGGCGCUGGCAAAGGCAAAUACUAUGCUGUGAAUAUACCACUACGUGAUGGCAUGGACGAUGAAGCAUACGAAUCCAUAUUUGUACCAAUCAUUUCAAAGGUGAUGGAGACGUUCCAACCUGCAGCGGUUGUACUCCAGUGUGGUGCAGAUUCAUUGACAGGUGAUCGCCUUGGGUGCUUUAACUUGACUGUCAAGGGUCACGGAAAAUGUGUAGAAUUCGUAAAGAAAUACAGCUUGCCCUUCUUAAUGGUUGGAGGUGGUGGAUAUACGAUUCGUAAUGUAUCGAGGUGUUGGACAUAUGAAACGUCAGUUGCGCUCGGCGUAGAAAUUGCAAACGAACUGCCGUACAAUGAUUACUUUGAAUAUUUCGGUCCAGAUUUUAAGUUGCACAUCAGCCCGAGUAAUAUGACUAAUCAAAACACUUCAGAGUAUUUGGAAAAGAUCAAAAAUAGACUUUUCGAAAACUUGCGUAUGCUGCCACAUGCUCCCGGUGUACAAAUUCAAGCCAUACCGGAAGAUGCUAUCAAUGAUGAAUCCGAGGAUGAAGAUAAGAUCAACAAAGACGAAAGAAUACCCCAAAGCGAUAAAGAUAAACGAAUUGAUCCUGAUAACGAAUUCUCAGAUUCAGAGGAUGAAGGCGACGGUGGCCGCCGCGACAAUCGAUCUUACAAAGGUCAACGCAAGCGACCACGUUUGGAAAAAGAGAGCAAAACAGUUACAGAGAAUACCGAUAAUAAGGAUGACAAAGAGAAGAUGGAUACAAAUGAAAGUGAGGAAACUGGUAAAAGCGAAGACGCAAAAAAAGAGAACAACAUAUGACGUGGCGGUCGCAAUUGGUUAUAGAAACCAAUACAGCGUUCCACGAAAUUUAAACCUAAAAUAUUUUAGCAUCUUUAGUGAUUUCUUCCAUUUAUCCUUACGAAGUGUGGCGGUAGUAACGUGCUCGACAUAGAGGGAGUGUGUUGCUCCGGGAAAGUGGAAUUGAAAAUAUAUAAUACGCUGCCGUCAAAAACGUACUUUUAAUAGUUAUAAUUAUUUAGGCUAUGCGCGAAAGAACUUGUUACAUGCUUUUUUUUUAACAGCAUCAUUAACAGCGACGUUUGUAUUAUUUGUGAAUUUAGUACGAUCUUUGAAAUCAUACUUAAAUAAAGAUAAUAUUUUACGCGCAUUCGUACCGUAUAUGUAUGUAUGUACGUAUAUAUUUAUAUGUAGUUACUGCUAUACUCACAUAAAUACAUGAUGUCAUCCUUGUCACAUUAAAUUAAUAUAGGAAUGUAAAAUUAAAUUUCUUAAUGGAAGAAUGGACUAUGCUUGUAACUUUUUUAUUUUCUGUAGUCUAAAUGAAAAAAAGAUGUAAUAAAAUGUGUGUGUUUUGUAAGUGGAUAGCUAACCAUAA